UGGCUGCCUCCAUGGAGGACGAACGACAGAGAAAGUUUUCCAAUGAGAGGCAUGCCAAAAAGAUACUGAACGCCCUGAACGAAAACAGGAAGCUGCAUCCUUUUUGUGAUGGGACAGUUGUCAUUGGGGAAAGUAGUAUUUGUGUCCAGAAAAACGUCCUGGCCGCCGCUAGCCACUACUUCAGACUGGUGUUCAACUAUGAGAAAGAUCCCGCAAAUCCCACAGCUCAAAACAAACCGGCAACAGUUGAUAUAACUUCUCUGGGUAUCAGUUUUGAAACAUUCAAAACCAUCCUUGACUAUAUUUACACAUCAGAAAUCAAAAUCAGCGAUGAAAACAUACAGGACAUUCUUCAGGCCGCUGAUCUUUUGUUGCUGGUCGACCUCAAAGAACUGUGCUGUGACUAUCUGGAGCAGUGUAUCACUGCUCAGAACUGUUUGGGUAUCCGAGAGUUCUCUUCCAGGUUUUCCUGUCCUUGGAUACAUCUAAAGGCUACUAUGUUUCUUGAUGAACAUUUCAGAGAUAUCAGUCACUGUGAGGAGUUUCUCAGACUGUCCCCAGAUGCUCUCAAGGAGGUGCUCUCUCAUGACACACUGUCAAUCAUGUCGGAAGAGGAGGUCUUCAGUAGUAUAAUCAGAUGGGUCAAAUUUGACGAGGCUACUCGAAAAGUAUGUUUAGAAGAUUUAAUGGUGUCCUGUCUACGUGCAGAUCAGAUUGCUGAUACUUUCUUACAGAAGCUAACACGUAUGGACACUGGGUAUGACCCACAUAUUCUUAGAAAAAUUGUGGCAGAUGUUCUUAAGAUGAAGCCAAACCAGAAAUGUCGUGGAUUUGCCAACGUGUUGUUGGUGUCUGGUGGAGAAGGACAACCUCAUGCAAAGAGUAAUGAGUUGGAGAUCAAGGCCUGUGUACGGUGUAUUGUACCCAGUAAGCGUGCUAACAUCACUAACGGUCAGUGGGUUGACCUUGCCAAUAUGACUACUGACAGAAUAGGGCAUGGCAUUGUCCAAGUAGGUAGAUAUCUGUAUGCAGUGGGAGGACGUAACAACAAAUGUCAGAUCCUCAACAAUGGUGAGAAAUAUGAUCCUCACCAGGAUAAAUGGUCACCAAUCGCUCCCAUGGAGCACGCCAGAGUGGGAUUUGGUCUGGUUGCUAUUGAUGACCAUAUUUACUCUCUAGGAGGCAGUAAUGACAUGACAGAUCCACUUACUUCAGGUGAGGUUUAUAAUGUGCUCACCAACAAAUGGCGUCCUAUCCCGGAGAUGAACCUGAAGCGAGUCUGGUCCUCAUUUGCGGCAGUCGAUAAAAAGAUUUAUGUGAUAGCUGGAGGUGCAAUAGGAAAACUUUUUGAGGCUGUAGAAUGUUACGACACUCGUACAGAGACUUGGACCUCAGUGUCUCCAAUGAGAGAGCGUCGGUGUGACGCACGUGCAGUUGCUGUUGACAAUGAUAUUUAUGUGUUUGGUGGAUUUAGACGCAUUGAGUGUCCAAGUGCCAUGCAUGGCGGACAUAGUGUAAAAUUCUGUGGUACUGAGAUUUACUCCACACGCAAUGAUUACUGGGCUCAUGCCCAUACCCGUGGUGUUGGUCUGUGUACAAUGUCCGACGCCUCUCAGAUCUACGGGGCAGUGUAUGAUGGGGAUGAAGUGUUGGUAAUUGGGGCACUAGAUGUGGGCGGAACAUACCACUGUGUGCGGGGGUUUAAUUUUCAUACUAACAGCUGGCGAUGUGUAGUACAGACCCCUCCAGCCAUGCAGCGUGGACACUCAUCAACCAUGUUUAGAAUGCCCCUCCAUCGACUUAGGAAUCUUCAGUGGGAUCAGGGCAAACUUACCUUCACAGAUAUUAUGUAACAAUAACUUCAUCCUGGCACACACAAUAUGGUGUAUCAUGUAUCCAAGACAGACAUUAUGUGACCUUGUCUUUCACUGACAUUGCUUACAUUUUGUACAACAGACAGACAUCAUAUGACACACUUUAUUGGAAAAUAUGACGCGACAUUACAUAUCACAGAAAAAGGUCAUAUGACAUUAUCUAUCACAGACAUCAUUUGACAUCAUCUAUCAUAGUCAUCAUGUGACAUCAUCUAUCACAGACAUCAUGUGACAUCUAUCACAGACAUCAUGUGACAUCAUAUAUCAGACAUCAUGUGACAUCAUCCAUCACAGACAUCAUGUGACAUCAUCUAUCAUAGUCAUCAUGUGGCAUUAUCUAUCAUAGUCAUCAUGUGACAUCAUCUAUCAUAGUCAUCAUGUGACAUCAUCUAUCACAGACAUCAUGUGACAUCAUCUAUCAUAGUCAUCAUGUGACAUCAUCUAUCACAGACAUCAUGUGACAUUAUCUAUCAUAGUCAUCAUGUGACAUCAUCUAUCAUAGUCAUCAUGUGACAUCAUCUAUCACAGACAUCAUGUGACAUCAUCUAUCACAGACAUCAUAUGACAUCAUCUAUCAUAGACAUCAUGUGACAUCAUCUAUCACAGACAUCAUGUGACAUCAUCUAUCACAGACAUCAUGUGACAUCAUCUAUCACAGACAUCAUAUUGCAUCAUCUAUCACAGACAUCAUGUGACAUCAUCUAUCACAGACAUCAUGUGACAUCAUCUAUCACAGACAUCAUGUGACAUCAUCUAUCACAGACAUCAUGUGACACCAACUAUAACAGACAUUAUGUGACACCAACUAUAACAGACACUUUGCGACAUCACUUAUCACAAAAAUAUCAUAUGGCCUUGCCUUGGAGGUAGACAUCAUUGAAUUCAAGUGAUGAUAGAACUUAUGACAACCCAUCACAGACAGACAUAAUAUGCCAUCACCCGUCACAGACAGACAUAAUGUGACAUCGCCCAUCACAGAUAUACAUAAUGUGACAUCUCCCAUCACUGAUAUACAUAUUAUUAUACCUCAUGUUUAUAACAGUGCCUGUGAUUAGCCGAAACGCAUCACGUGGAAGGGACACAAAACAUCAUAUCUCCCUGUGGCGGGUGAGCCAGGGAGAUAAAUAUCAUGUCUCCCUGGACCGCGUACCCCCAUGGCAACCCCCACAUGCUGUUACGAGUUGUCUCCCUUCCAGUAAUUUACAAAUGGCAGACAAAGAGAAACGCAAACGUUUUCGAGGAGUCGAAGAAGCAGAAAUAGAUAAAAAUUUUGCAAAACAAGAUUGCUCAGAACACGAAAAUAUCAACAAAUGUACACGCCAACUGUUUCCAAGAGUUGCUAAAAGAAACUGUCAAUAACACCUUCACUUGGAAUCGUAUCAAUUGAGCGACCGGGAUCACAGGGGUUUGUGAUAAAAAUGAUAUUUUACAUCUUCAGUAUAUUUUUGAGUAUCAGCAUUACUGAUUCUUUUUCGGUAUAAUAAACAAUUUAUGGCCCUGGAUGCAGGGUAAUAUGAAGGUUUGUUUACCCUCAGCCCUCAUAAAUGCAUAAUGUGACAUCACCCAUCACAAACAGACAUAAUGUGAAGUUACCCAUAACAGACAGAUAUGAUAUGACAUCGCCCAUCACAGACAGACAUGUGACAUCGCCCGUCAUAGACAAACAUAGGAUGACAUCACACUGAGAGGGAACAUGUGACAUUACCCAUCACAGACAGGUAAAGUAUUGCCAAUCACAGACAGACAUCAUUGAAAUGAAUUAAUGAUGUCUUGAUAACCUUUGAUUUACCAUAGAGUAAUUUAAGUCUUUAAGAAUUGAAUGUAAUUGAUCAUCAUUUGAAUCAUGUUAGAAAAAGUGUUCUAAAUUUGAUCCAAAGUGAAACAAAUUCUAUAAUAGAAAAACAAUGAAUAUCUUAUUUGAGUUGUGUCUAAAGGGGGAAUGUGUAUUUGGUUAACGACAUAUUAUCACUACAGUAUUGCAUAUCAACAUCAUGCAUAAUAUAAGAUUUACAAUAUAUUUAAUCUCUGAAACAAGAAACAGUGACAUUGUGAUGAAGCAAUAUUCUUUCUUCACUAUGUAGGAUAUUUACAUUAGUGAACAUCAGUUCAAAUUGAUAAUGUAGAAUUUCAUGACAAACAUUUUUGUUUGAGAACUAAUGUCAUUAUGUCUAGAUAUGACAUGUGGUUUGGUGGUAAUAUAACUAACAGCUGUAUUGACAGCCUUGUCCAGUAAUUAUGUAUUGAGAUAAAAUCCUUCAUCUGUCCCAUUCAAUAUGUAUAGCUGUCUCCCCCAUAUAGUUGUCUCCCUUGAUCUGUAUAUAGUUGUCUAAAUUGAUCUGUAUAUAGUUGUCUCCCUUGAUCUGUAAAUAGUUGUCUAAAUUGAUCUGUAUAUAGUUGUCUCCCUUCAUCUGUAUAUAGUUAUCUCCCUUCAUCUGUUCAAAGUUGUCCUUCAUCUGUAUAUAGUUGUCUCCCUUCAUCUGUAUAUAGUUGUCUCCCUUCAUCUGUAUAUAGUUAUCUCCCUGUUGUCGUCCUUCAUCUGUAUAUGGUUAUCUCGCUUUAUCAGUAUACAGUUGUCUCCCUUCACCUGUAUAUAGUAGCCUUGAGACUGUAUUGUAUAUGAUUGUCUCCUUUUAUCCAUCUAAGUCUUGUAUAUGCCUGUAUUUUAUAUAAAUUCAAAAAAAUGUUAUCUCUUCAGUAAACAGUAAACGUAGUUGUCCCCAUAUCUAUUCAGUAGACAGCUGUUAAUAUAUAUAGUCAUCUUCCUUUAUCUACUGCUAGUAUUCAGUGGUAGACGUAUACACCAUAAUCAUUUCCCUUUAUCUGUAAAUGAUUGUAUUGUGUAUAGUUGUCCCAGCUGAAUUAUCUAUUAUAGCAUAUAUGACUAUUAUAUAUGGUUUCCCAUUUGAUCUCUCUGUCAAAUGAUUAUUGUAUAUAGAGUUGUCUUCUUCCCUUGUCUUUUGGAAGACUAUAUGUAUUUAGUCAUCACCAGGAUGAUAUAUCCAGCAGGAUUUUGUCUUAAUUCAGAUGUGACUGUGACCUCAGUAGAUUUGUAAGUAAUCCUUUCUGUAUUUUGAUAAUUAAAUGUACAUCUAUGUACAACUAUAUAGAACUGUUCCUUUAUAUAUCAUUGGUACAUACUGUAACAUAUUUAUUAUAGUCAAUAUGUAUUUAUCAUCAGUACAUAUCAGUCAUUCAAGUUUUGCAAAACUAAUAAACUAAAAACAAAAUCUUGAUCUACAUUAUGUAAUGAAUUAUCCUGUCCUGUUACAUUUUAUUAAUUUUCUAAUAAUACUCGAAAGAACUGUGCUAUAAUGAUCAAUAAUAAAUAAAUGUUGAACAAAUUAUUGGCAGGAAUAUAUAUUACUUGAUGUAUUAUUCUACACUGGAAGAUAUAACUGGUAUAUUAAUAACUAACGGUGCAUAAUUGAUAAUCAUAUUACUGGUAAAUACAUUUAUGGUACUGAUAGAUAUUUACUUGGAGAUAUAUGUUACCCUGAUACUGACACAGUAUAACUUGUCUGAACGGGCUCCUGUCUAACCUGGACAUAUGUUACCCUGAUACUGACACAGUAUAACUUGUCUAACCUGGACAUAUGUUACCCCGAUACUGACACGGUAUAACUUGUCUAACCUGGACAUAUGUUACCCCGAUACUGACACAGUAUAACUUGUCUAACCUGGACAUAUGUUACCCCGAUACUGACACAGUAUAACUUGUCUAACCUUGACAUAUGUUACCCCGAUACUGACACAGUAUAACUUGUCUGACCUGGACAUAUGUUACCGCGAUACUGACACAGUAUAACUUGUCUGACCUGGACAUAUAUUACCCCGAUACUGACACAGUAUAACUUGUCUAACCUGGACAUAUAUUACCCCGAUACUGACACGGUAUAACUUGUCUGAACGGGCUCCUGUCUAACCCUGGGUCAAUGUCCGUUACAGAAAAUUACCAGUAAAGCAUGUUUUUGGUCUCAGCAAUCUGUAUUGUCUAAAGAUUCACAAUGUAAAGUUAGUGAUCAGGUGCCUAAUAUGUGAUAAGUCUUUUUUGGUGAAUAUGAUACCCUAAUCUAGGUGUCUAUUUUGGAAACACAAUGAUAGUAAAGGGCACAAGCUGUGUAACUUAGCUUCUGUAUGUAAAUGUUAAAUAAUUGAAAUUAUGGCAGCCACUGUAGGAACGUAAAUAAAAAGAAAUGUGUUAAAAUGUUAUACAAACAAAUAUUUAUUGACUUAUUUUCAAAUUUCAAGAUCUACUGACUUGCUACAAUUAACCAGGCACAUAAUAUUUAACAGUUGAAUGUUUUGGUUCUGGUCAAAUCUGGUUUAGAGAUGUGAUAUUUUGAAGAUAUACAUUACAGGUAGAUAUUAACUACUGGUUAUAUUAUAAACUCAGAUUGUGUUAGAAUAGAGCUUUAUAUGUGCUUCCUUAUAAUAUAUUACCCAUAAUUCAUUUCUGUUAAAUCUUAUGACGAUAACGUCUAACCUUACACAUACAUUGUGUUGUGUAUUUGGACACAUGGAUAAAUCAUGGGCAUUAAUACACUUUAUUUUUACGAGCAUUUGAAAAGGUUAUGUAUUAUGCUCUUUUUGACGAAUUUUGGUUGAAACACAACAAAUGUAUUGCAGGAAGUAUUACAUAACUGCAAACAACAGAAUCUGGGCUACUGGUUACAUAGAUCUGUUAACCUAUGUACUUACUGGUUAAGUCACAGGAUAAAACAUGUAUCUGUGAGGUUACUGGUUAAGUCACAGGUUUAAACAUGUAUUUGUGAGGUUACUGGUUACUGUGUAGUAGUGGUCAAUUACAAGUGACAGGUAAAAACAGAUUUUCCUGAUAACAGGAGAGAUAAUAAACAUAAUGUCAUAACAGUUUUUGUUUUUAGAACAUAUUGGCAGUUCUAUUUUUGAUAAGCAAAACUUGUUACCUUUGAACUUGUAUGUUUAUUGUAUACUGUAUUUAUCUGUCAAUAAACCCUGGUUAAAGUCCGCACAUGUUGGUAAAAGUGCUAAAAUAUUAUUUCAUUGUCCUACUGUAACAUGCCAGUAUAUUGGACCUCUAGGUUUACCACAGGAUGAAUAUGGUAGUGCCUCUUCUUUAACAUAAAUAUAUAUACAUAGAUAUAGUGCAUGAAACUUGUAUUUACAAUCUCUAUCUUAAGUAUGUAUUGAUCACUGUUCUACAAAGUAUUUACACAAUGCAAUAAAAUAUUUUACCUUCAUGAUACCUGGCAAGGAUUUUUGCACAAGGCUUUUUUUGUUGAGGUCAAAGUACAUGUAUGUGUAUUCCUUAUCGGGUAUCAGUCUUGAUAGCAUUAAACUUGUGCUUAUAUUAAAUCAAUACACUUUACAUUUAUGAUAAAAACUAAGUUAUAUUUAGGAUACCAAUUUUAAGGUUUCUUUUCAGAAAAAGAGAAUACAAAAUGUAGUUGUAAACUUUUUGAGAAUGAGUUUUGCCUGGUAGUACAUCUUGUAUUUCCUAACUGUUACUAUUAUGUUGAUAUUGGUGCCUGUUUUUGUGUGUACAUUGAUGAUGUAGUUACAUUAAUGGUAGCUUUUACUGAUUCCUGUAUAAAUUGUGUAUACAAUAUUCUUCAUUUGAAGUAAAACAUAUACUUAUUUAUUAAGAAA